CAAGUGAUAAAAGAAAAAAUGUCCAAAACAUUUGCACACAGAAUAAACGAAAUCGUCAAUCGAAUGCCCAGCAUAGAUGACAUCAAAGCCAGAUGGCCAGCUCUAUUUGAAGCAUCUCACAUCCAGGAUGAGUUUCAGAGAAUCACAACGGUACACCUUGAAUCGAAAUUCAUGUCCAAGCUGGAUGAAUACACACCCAGGCUUCUGAGCCUCUUCCACUCCAAGGGCGGAACCAUGGGGAUGAAGUUGCAGGCUAUCCUACUCAAGGCUCCAAGCAAUCCUAGCAUCACCAUGACCAGAGAUGUUAUCAUUCGGUGUUUGAUGGUGUACGUUGGGGAAUCUACAGAUCAACUCUUAAAAGAGUAUGAUGAUGCUGAUGAAGACAGUGUGUCGCAGGACCUUGCUGUACAAAGGAUGAAAAUCUACAACAUCAAGACUAAUACUUCAGAAGGUCCCGACGACAUCGGUAUCGUGGUAGAGGGCAUGAAAGUUCUGACAGCUCUGGGUAACUUUCCAAGGGCUUGCUUCAUGCUCGUUGGGUUGGCUUAUGCAUUGAAUCUUGCCUAUCCCAAGGAGCUCAGGUACACAUUGGAAGUCUUCCAGAAACUCCUCCUCGAGUUGGAUUGUUCAAAGCUAUCCCCAAAAGUGAACAGCCUCAAGAAUAAGCUACUAGCUUAAGAAAAGAGACCCUUGCAAAAUGAAGGGAAUUGUUUAGUCACUGUUGUAACUGUUCAGGUCCCUUUUUUAUGGGCCUAUUCAACCAAAGAAGCGAGAGGUCAGUGCAGUGGUAGACAGCGCUUAAAAGCUUGUUAUGCAGAGGUAGCUUGUAGGGUCUAAUAACUGAGUCUGACUGUCAAAGUUCUGCGUUAUAGGCCUAUACAUCU